AUGUUCCCGAAUCAAACAGCAGACCAACGAUUAGCCAUGGUACCGGAAAUUCUGAGCCAGAUAUUUGAAGGCUCAUGGCGCGGUGAACAAGUUCGAUCUGCACGCGUGAGCAGGUUUUGGUGCAAUCUCGUCCUCAAUCUCAUCUGGAAGAGAUUGGACGACCUGGGCGUGCUUUUCCGACUGCUGGCGCCUCUGACCCCGAGUAAUGGAGUAAUUGCAUUUACCCGUGCACUGACAAGCAAAGAUUGGGCUCGGUUCAACUAUUACGCUAAUUUUUAUGAAGGCGACGACUCACAUGCUAUAACUAUGCUCGCCGAAGCACUGCCCAGGCUAUCAUCACUAGAAUCCUUGACUCUCCCGAUCUGCUGGUUCACCCCUGCCGUGGUCGACGCUGCUGCAUCCUCAGAACACCACGCCAUAACCUAUCGCGAGUUGUCAACAAUAACCCGACUAACUGCUCUUCAAUCUGAUGGUAUCCGUCAUACUAUGCCGCUUCAACUUGUCGCUGACGAUAUCAUCGCGAUCGCCCGAGCGUUGCCUAAUCUUUCGGAUCUAUCCUUAAACCCAGCCCUCGAUGUUGCCGCUGCGUCAACACUUGUUGUUUCGGUUCUUUCGCCUCCUUGCGACCUCUGCCUCAUAUCUUUGGGGCUGUACUUGAACGCCGCAAAUGAGCACAUACCGCCACCUCCAUCAAUUGACGAAGAACUUCAGCAAGCGGUCCCAGAAAAGGUGGGAUUCGCGAGCCUUAGGAAGCUCACUGUCUGGUUUUCGUCCCUCGCAUCUCCAGUGCCGCUCGCCGUUUAUCUAAGUAACAUCCUUCCGCCUGGUUGUGUGCUGAUUUUUGGCAGUUACGGAGAGUUGAGGCCCGAAGAGCCUGGCCCAACGGCUUAUUCCUAUGUUCAAGCAAGUGCGAGCCCAAGGGAUGCGAACUGGUCUAUUGCGUCGCGGCCGCGAUGCUCUCUCUCGUUGACCCUGACCGGUUUAUCGAUGGUCACCAUCGACCUCGCUUCAUUUUUAUUUUUUAUUUAUAUUGGUACUGCUCAUAUCAACAUGAUGCCUGCAGCUGCCUCAUGCGCGCAAGCACUUUGA